UUACCUAUGGCAAAUAUAGCCAUGAUCGACUAUACCUUGGAGUUCCUAACAGCAACUGGCGUGGAAGAAACCUUCGUUUUCUGCUGUUGGAAGUCAGCUGAGAUAAAAGAGCAUUUACAAAAAUCCAAGUGGUGCCGCCACACCUCUCCCAACACGGUGCGCUUUGUGACUUCUGACCUGUACCGCUCCCUUGGUGACGUGCUACGAGACGUUGAUGCGAAGUCCCUUGUUCGUUCCGACUUCAUUCUCGUCACUGGAGAUGUGGUGUCCAAUUUCAACAUAUCCAAAGCACUGGAAGAGCACAAGUUACGUCGUAAGAUGGAAAAGAAUGUUUCUGUGAUGACGAUGAUAUUCAAGGAGUCCUCACCUGGUCACCAUGCCAGGUGCAAAGAGGAUGACAUUGUUAUUGCUAUGGACAGUGCCACAAACCGCGUCCUUCACUACCAGAGAACCCAGGGGCUGAAACGCUUCCACUUUCCUAUGAGUCUGUUCCAGAACUCAAUUGAGAAUGUCGAGGUGCGCCAUGACUUGCUGGAUUGUCAUAUCAGCAUCUGCUCUCCACAGGUGGCUGAGCUGUUCACAGACAAUUUUGACUACCAGACACGGGAUGACUUUGUGCGUGGUCUGUUGGUGAAUGAGGAGGUCCUGGGGAACCAGAUCCAUAUGCAUGUAACAACAGAAGAGUACGGUGCCCAUAUAUGCAACCUGCUGAUGUACGAAGCUGUGUGCUCUGACAUCAUCCGGCGUUGGGUUUAUCCUUUGACUCCAGAAAUGAACUUUACCGAUGACAAGAAUCAGAGUUACACCCAUUCUAAACACAACAUUUACCGGGGAGUGGAUGUCAGCCUCGGCCAUGGCAGCGUGCUGGAAGAGAACGUGCUCAUUGGGCAGGGAACGGUCAUCGGCAGCAACUGCUCCAUAACGAACAGCGUUAUUGGGCAGAACUGUAGGAUAGGUGAUAAAGUAAUUUUGGACGGAGCUUUUCUCUGGGACAAAGUACACAUAGCAGAUAAUGUGGAGAUCUGUCAUUCCGUUAUCUGUGAUGAAGCUGAAGUGAAGGAGAAAGUAAAGCUAAAGCCCCGCUGUGUCCUCUCUUCUCAGGUAGUAGUAGGUCCAGGCAUCACUCUUUCUGAGGGCACAGUGAUCUCUCUGCACCCACCAGAUGAGGAGGAAGAGGAUGAUGACCAGUUCAGUGAUGAUUCUGGCAUGAACAAGGAGGAAAGCAAAGUGAAACUGAAAGGUUACAAUAAAAAGGAUGUAGGUUCAGAGGGCAGAGGUUAUCUCUGGAAAGCAGAUGACAAGAAUGAAGAGGAUGAAGAAGAGCAGAGACAAAGCCUAUGGGGCCCAGCUAUGCAUUCAGAGGAAGAGAGUGAGUCAGACACGGAUGUGAGCAUGGGCUCUGAGGAGCCAGACAGUCGGGCAGCAUCCCCUCAGCUAGAUGAUAUCAAAGUUUUCCAGAAUGAGGUUGUGGGUACUUUACAGAGGGGUGAAGAAGAAAACAUUUCCUGUGACAACCUGGUCCUGGAAAUCAACUCCCUCAAGUAUGCAUAUAACAUUAGCCUGAAGGAGAUGAUUCAGGUGCUCAGUAAAGUGAUCCUGGAGUUCCCACUGCAGCAGCUGGAUGCAAACCUGGACUCCCAGAACUAUUUCUCAGCGUUACUUCCUCUGUUGAAGAACUGGACCCCGUUGUUUAAGAACUACAUAAAACGGGCAUCAGAUCACUUGAAUGCCUUAUCUGCCAUUGAGGAAUUCUUCCUGGAACAUGACAGUCUCUGCACGUCGAUAGCUAAAGUGUUGAUGACGUUUUACCAGCUGGAAAUUCUGGAAGAAGAUGUAAUUCUCAAUUGGUUCUCUUUACGGGACACGUCUGACAAGGGAAAGCAGCUUCGUAAAAACCAGCGGCUUCAGAAGUUUAUCCAGUGGCUGGAGGAGGCAGAGGAAGAGUCGUCUGAUGGCGACCAAGACUGACACGGUGGCUUGGCAUGAGAAGAGGCACUCUCACUGCCUUUCUGGGCCGAGUGGGCAGGGCAAGAUCAAUGCCAGUGCAUGAUGUGUAGAUGUGGGGCCUGACAUCGAAGUGACUGACAAUCCCAUCAUUAAUUAAGUUGUGUGUUCCCAACUUUGCCACUUCCCUCCCUCCCUUACUCACCCAGUGGCACCUUAUGUUGGAUGGUUGCAGCCCAGUGUAAAAACCAUAAGGGAAAAGCGGGACGUGGUAAUACCUCAAAUCCCUCUGGAGCUGGGAUGUCAUAUACUAUAACCUAUAUUUUGGGAGGUCCUUGUUACUAAUACAAAGGGAGCAAAUAGAUGCAAAUGCAUACAACGCCCUUAUAAAUCUAACUGUUGGGGUUGUGGAAGAAUGGUCAUACAGCUAAGUUAUUUGGAGUCAUUGUUGCUUCUGGAGCUAAGAGAACGCCUGCUGAAGAGACACUGGCAAGGUUGGUGAGUAGGAGCAUGUGGAUUAGGAUCUGGAGUGGAGGACUGGGAUUCAGGAGUUUCUGUGCCUGGAGAAGAUGC